UCCCGCCCCGGCCAUGGCGGCGCUGCUGUGGCGGCUCUGCAACCUCCUCAUGGCCGCCUUCUUCGGGCUGGCGGCCGCCGUGCAGGUGAACGACCCCGACGCGGGGCUGUGGACGGUUGUCUACUUAGUGCCAGCUGCCCUGACACUGCUUGUCAGCAUCAACCCUUCAAUAACAGACAAUGGCGUUUGGAGGAGCCUCUGUGACCUUCAUUCUGCUGGCUGUGUUGUUGGGACCAUUGCCUUGGCUUGCUCUUUGUUUGCUUAUGCUCAAGGAAACAUUUUUCAUGAAGAGGAAGGCAGAGAAUUGUUUGGUCUGGUGAUUAUUGCAAUAUGGAUGAGUCUUUGUCGCAGUUCAGCAAAAUGCCCAAGCAGUAGCAGCUGGUGCUACAGCCUGGAGGAUCUUGCACAGAUAAAAGUUGGGGCAGGGAGGAAUGUAAGGCUACAUGAAGCACUUUUUCUGGUCCCCUGCCAUAAUAGGGACAUUUUCCCUUUGCUUAAGGUGCAUUUUUAAAUUCCAGCUAGUUUCUGCAGCCUGAGUUGUCAGAAAAUUCUUUGUGCCUCUCCAGUAUUAGUGCUACAUCCAUAGGAGCCCCAUUAAAGUGGCCAAAGGCUCUCUGCUCUUUCCAGCUGCAGGCAGAUGUGACUGCUAUGUGGUGGCUGUGGCAGUGGCCAGGGACAUCCUGGGCUGUCCCAUCAUGGUGUGGCCAGCAGGAUGAGGACAGUGCCUGUCCCCUGUGCUGGCACUGCUGAGGCACCUCCAGUCCUGGGGCCAGAUUUGGGGAAGGGUCUGGAGCACCAGGAGUCACCAGGGGAGCUGGAGUGGCUCAGUCUGGAGAAAAGGAGGAUCAGAGGGGACCUUGUCACUCUACAGCUCACUCACAGGAGGGUGCUGCCAGGUGGGGGUCAGGCUCUGCUUCCAGGGAACAGUGACAGGACCAGAGGAAACAGCCUCAAGCUGGGAGGUUGAGAUUAGAUCCUAGGGAAAAUUGCUUCCCUGAAAGGGAGGUCAGGCAUUGGCACAGGCUGCCCAGGGAGGUGGUGGAGUCACCAUUCCUUGGAAGUGUUAAAAAAAAAGCACUGGAUGUGGCACUGAACCGUUGGGUUUAGUGGGUGUGAUGGUAAGCAGUCCAAGGUUGGACCUGAUGAUCAUGGAGGUCUUUUCCAGCCUUAAAGAUUCACUGAUUUGAAGCAGCUCUGUUGGAUUUG